GCCGGGUUGCUACAGCCGGAGCUGGGCGGUGGCGGCGGUGGCGGGUGCAGCUCAAGGAGUCCGGCGGAUCCAGAAGCGUCGGCGCAAUGGAGGGACUGGAAGAAAAUGGAAGUGUCCAAGUUGGAGAAUUGUUACCUUGCAAGAUUUGUGGAAGAACAUUCUUUCCAGUGGCAUUGAAAAAACAUGGACCUAUUUGCCAGAAAACUGCCACUAAAAAACGGAAGACUUUUGAUUCAAGCAGACAAAGAGCUGAAGGAACUGAUAUUCCAACAGUAAAACCUCUUAAACCUAGGCCUGAACCACCAAAGAAGCCAUCUAAUUGGAGAAGAAAGCAUGAAGAGUUCAUUGCCACAAUAAGAGCGGCUAAAGGCCUUGGUCAAGUGCUGAAAGAGGGUGGCAAACUUCCCCCACCUCCUCCACCGUCUUAUGAUCCUGACUAUAUUCAGUGUCCAUAUUGCCAGAGAAGAUUUAAUGAAAAUGCAGCUGAUAGACAUAUAAAUUUCUGUAAAGAACAGGCAGCACGUAUUAGUAAUAAAGGCAAAUUUUCUACUGAUACCAAAGGAAAAUCAACUUCUCGGACACAGUAUAAGCCGCCUGCACUUAAAAAGUUAAAUUCUCCUGGGACCACCUCAUCAGGAUCAUCACGAUUACCACAGCCAAGUGGCACUAGCAAAACUGUUGUAGGUGCUCCCUCAGGUAAAGUGUCUUCAGUUGGCAGCUCUUCGGGAAACAAACUUCAGACCUUGUCUCCCUCCCAUAAAGGGAUAGCAGUCCCUCAUGGAGGUAAGAUGGACAAGUUAGGCCCUCCACUUCGAACUGGAAGACAUGUGCAAAAGUUGUAUGAGAGUGAUACAAAAUCAGACAGUGCCAUCAAAAGACAUGAGUUAUUACCCAUUUACAAGACUAACAUCAAACCUCGAAAUUCCACACCACCUAGUUUGGCCCGAAAUCCUGCCUCAGGUGUGCUUACAAGCAAAAGAAAAACAUAUAGUGAUAGCUACGUGGCCAGGCCAGAUGGAGACUACAUUUCUUCAUUUAAUGGUGGAAACACUAAAGGCGUUGAAGGAAAUUCAGCGGGACACUUACCAAAAUUCUGCCAUGAAUGUGGGACUAAAUACCCUGUAGAAUGGGCAAAGUUCUGCUGUGAAUGUGGUGUUCGAAGAAUGGUUCUGUGAACAGAAUCCAAAAAAAGAAAAAGCUUAGUCCUGAAUAUUAUGAUUAUUGCUGCUUGGACGUCUGGAGCACUUCCUCUAGUGAUUUCGUGCUAAAAUUACUCAAAAUACUUUUUUUCAACAGUUUUUGGAGCAUAAUUCUUUGGCCGUGUAAUGUGCGUGUAUAUAUGUGUGUGUACAUAUACUGUAUAUAAUAAAUACCUGGUAACCUAAGCUGUGCCAUUCAAGGACAUACCUACUUAUCAAUCAGAAAAUAACUUUAAGUGGAAUCAUUUAACUUAGGUGUUCCUUUUCUGUUGUUAAAGUACAUUAAGUAUACUUCCACAAACAAUCCAGCAUUAGUGCUUAGUGCUCUAAGCUUUCAGAUGAUCAUUACUUUGAGCAGAACAUAAGAAUAAACAUUUUUUAUUAUUGACCUAUUUUCAGAUAGUAUCAUUGUAGGAUGGAAUGCUUGAACUUUUGAAACUGAGAGAAUAUUUUAGUUACAAUUAGUUGUGUCGUUUUCCUGUAGAGCUCUUUAAUAAUUUAUAAAUAUUUUUUAAAAAGAGAGGGAAAAACCCCUAUUGCCUAUGUUGCUCUUUACUCAGUGUAUUAAUUCUACAGAAAUUUUUACUCAAUUCUUUAAAACGUAAUUAAGCAGUUCCCUUUUCAGAGACACAAAGCUGAAAAUACAUAUGUUUCUUUUUCUAGUUAUAACUGAAUGAUUUUUUUUUUUGCUCAGUGUGUAUUAGUUGAAGAUACAUUCUUUCUACUUCUAAUUGUCUUCAGGUUUCACUUUUGUCCUUUUUUCCCAUUAUCUCAUGUCUGAAGAGUAGUUUGCUACUUCAUUUUUGCAGAGUUUGCAAGUUAAUUAUUUAAUAGAAGAUGCACAAAGUUCCUUGCAAAAUCUUGCAUUUAUAUCUAUGUAUUUGAAUUUAGAAGAAAUUAAUGGAUUUUAAGAUAGAUCAUCUCACCUAAUAAACAAUUAACUUCAAUAAUUAAUCGUUAGUGCAGGGCAUGAAGGUAAAGAGGAUUGAAUUUUAAUCACUCGAAGUAUAGUUAUAUGUAUUUAUGGGUAGGUUAAGAGAAUGUUAAUAUUUAAUUUUCCCUACUCAUGUUUUUCUUCCAGUGUUUAGUGCUGAAGCACCAUUUACUUCACAAUAAAAAGCCUCUGAAAAUGCAUUGCUUAAUGGAUAGCUGCUUUAUUAUGUGAUUAAACAUUCACAAAAAUGUAAUUAUACUUUCACCUUUAUUUUGACUAAAAUACAGCUUUUAAUCAUUGUCACUUUCAGUGUAACAUUGUAUUUAGUAGUAAAUGCCUUUGGUUGCUUGUGCAGCCAAAUUCAGUAAUUCAGUAGUUAUUUCUGUUGAAUCAAACCUAACAAACCUUGAUCUUAUUAUAAAGGUACAAGCAAAUCAUUUAUAGGCAAUUUCUAACUUCUUGUUUAUGAUUCUGAUCAACUGUGAGGAUCAGGGUAGAAAUUUGUGACUUACAGCUUUCUCUGAAAUUCAUUUAUACUUAACUUUAUAAUUUUAUUCAUUAGUUGUUUUGUUUUGUUUGUGUUUUUCAGUUGGGCAGAGGAUAACUUAGUGGUAAUGGAAAUUUAGGACUUACCUUAUAGUUCCUUUCCUGACUGUCAGUAAUUUUUUUUCUGGUUGCCUUUAUUUAGUCAUAUUGGCCAAAAGGAAUGGUCAGAGGUCAAAAAAACUAUACUACAGCUUAUUCCAUCAACUAGAAUAAGCUCUAAUAAAUUUAGGAGAAUAAUGUACAUAUUAGAGUUCCAUUUCAAUUGUUUAUGUUCUUCUGUUCUAAUUAUUAGAAACCAUAUAAAGAAAGAACUUUAAACUCUUACUUUAUCUAGAAUUGAGCACUAUGUUCUUCCAAGUAUGUUUUUAAAGAUCACAUAAAAAAAAAAAAGAAA